CAGAGCGAGAGAGAGAGAGAGAAAGAAGAAAGAGACCUGAAACCGAGGUGCGUGCCCGUUUUCUGAUAACAAAAAAAAAAACAAAAAUGGUGCUGGAGAGAGUGCAAGAUGUUGCAUCUUUGUCAAAGGAAAGCAUCCCGGAAGAGUACAUAAGGUCGGAGGAUGAGCAACCGGGGAGCACGACCGUCCAGGGGGAGGUCCUUGAGGUCCCAACCAUUGAUGUCAGGGACGACCAAGACGAGGAAAAGCUCCUCCAGGCUAUAGUGGAGGCUAGCCAACACUGGGGAAUGUUCCAAGUCGUGAACCAUGAAAUCCCUGCAGAGGUGAUAACAGAGUUGCAGGCUGUUGGGAAGGAAUUCUUUGAGCUCCCACAGGAGGAAAAAGAGGUUUAUGCAAAGCCUCCAGGGUCUCAGUCCGUCGAAGGUUAUGGAACAAUGCUUCAGAAAGAAUUGGGAGGGAAGAAAGGCUGGGUUGACCAUUUGUUCCAUAAAAUAUGGCCUCCUUCUGCCAUUAACUACCACUUCUGGCCUAAGUACCCUCCUUCUUACAGGGAGACAAAUGAGAAAUAUGCAAAGUACCUGCAUGGGGUGGUGGAGAAGCUGUUCAAGAGCCUGUCGUUGGGUUUAGGGCUUGAAGGGCAUGAGCUGAAGGAGGCCGCCGGCGGGGAUGAGUUGGUGUACCUUCUGAAGAUCAACUAUUACCCGCCGUGUCCGCGGCCGGAUCUGGCUCUAGGGGUUGUGGCUCAUACUGACAUGUCCUUCUUCACCAUCCUUGUGCCCAACGAGGUCCAAGGCCUCCAAGCUUUCAAGGAUGGCCAUUGGUAUGAUGUCAAGUACAUCCCCAAUGCCCUCGUUAUCCACAUUGGCGACCAAAUUGAGAUAAUGAGCAAUGGGAAAUACAAGAGUGUGCUGCACAGAACUACAGUUGACAAAGAGAAAACAAGAAUUUCGUGGCCCGUAUUCUUGGAACCUCCAUCGGAGUUUGAGGUAGGGCCUCACCCCAAGCUCCUGAACGAAGACAAUCCUCCUAAAUACAAGACCAAGAAAUACAGUGAUUACGUUUACUGUAAGCUUAACAAGCUUCCCCAGUAGGAGUUUGUGUGUAUAUAUAAAUAUAUAUAUAUAUUAA